UUUUCCCAAACCAAGGCAACCAAGACACGAUGGCGCAAGGAAGCACGUCGCUGAAGAAGAAGAACGUGAAGAACGCCGCGGCCAAACCGACCAAGAACAACGUCCAGUACCGUCACAAGCUCAACUCGGCCAAGAAGUUCACCAAAGUUGGGAAUGCCACGACCGAAGUGCGUCGAGGAUGCAACGGGUUCAAGCGCCGUGGGGACGCGUCCGUGACGGGUUUUAUCAACCGCAACAUUGAAGAGCUCAUGGCGACCCGCGUGCUGCAGACGGGGUCGUCGAUUGCGCUCAAGGACAUCCGCGCUGUCGGCAAAGAGCGUCUCAAGGAAGUGAACAAGAACGCACGGACCAAAAAGCGCAGCCGCGUCGAAGAAAAGUUGGCCGAAGUGGAAAAGGCCAUCAAGGACGCGGAAAUGGGACCGAAUUAGAACCAUCCCAGUGACGCGAUCGUACCUAUAAAUUAGUCCACUGCUGUUCAAAAUACUGUACCCACUGCUGAAAGUCGUCACUUUUGUCUGCACAAAACUCUCCUCAAGGAAUACUGUAGAUCCG